AUGACACCCGACUCGCGCGGCAGGACUGCCCGGUCCACACAGCAUGGAUUUAGCAACAAUACGCUCCCCCAUGGAGCACCCCCUCCAUCGACCCUCGCUGCCCAGAUCGUAGAGAACAUCUCGUCGACAUCGCGAAAGUCGCACUUGAGUGACGCUUCGACCGAAGAACUGAAGCAUCUUCAGAGUCUCGUGGAAAAUUACAACGCCAAAUCCGAAGACAUCAAGACACCAGCAGAGCAAGUCGAGUACAAUCAUCUACUGGUGUACAUGAUCGGAUCUGUCUCUCUCAAAGUCCUUUACUGGGACGACCCAUUUUCAACCCAAGAGAAACUACACGAAGGCGCCAUUGCAGCUUUCGGCUUCCUAAGAACCACUUUAACGGAGACGCCUUCCGUCUUGAAGUGCGCCACCGACGGGACGAAAUACCUAAAUAUGGGCGAGGAGCCUCUGUGGCUAUGGAUAUUUCCACGACUGCUCAAGAUACUGGCACAUAGGAGGGCGCGGGCUAUCACUGAUCAAGUUGAAGCACUCUUCGAUUACAUCCUGGAGCUUGUAGAGGAUAAUGUAGAAAUUUGGGACCUCGGUUUGCCGCUUAUGCAGUACUUCCGUGCAACCCUUGACAGUAUUCUUGACAUUUUUGACCCAAAUUCCUCGACGACCAGAACUUCUCCUGUCCAAAUCGAGCUGCCCCCAAGCGCAUUUUUGAAAUCAGUCUCUGAAACCCCGAUCUUGAAUUGCACAUUCCCUCUCCAGGGUGAAGAAAAUGCUAUCCAUUUUGCUACCAGCCUUCUUUCAAUCAUCCAACGCGCCAUCAUUCCCGGGCCUGAGGCCAAUAUCUCUGUUCUUUACGGCAAUCAUACCAUCUGGGUCUUGGAUCUUUUCCAGCCGCUCAGUCUCCUCGUGGCAACUUUGCCAGUCCCCUCGGAGACUAGGGUUUCGAAAAUUGUUCAGAUGUCUCUUGAGUUGGCAGAGGCAUACAACAAACUUGGCGCCACGGAUGCAAUCUUCAAGCACAAGGCUAAUGCCACUCUUGCUUUAGUAUGCAACAACGUGAUCAAAAAUCCCCAACAACUACUCACCCAAGACGAUGAAGGAGUAGAUGCAAGGCGCGUGAUGUGUCUUGCUUUUGUUCAUCUAGCGAAAGCUGCCAUUGCUCAUGCACCAACAUCAAGUCUUAUCUCUUGUGGUCUUUUUGGGAUUUCAAAAGUACUGACGAUGGAGAAUGCUGUCAUUGGGGCUGAUACGGAUUUCUCACGAGCUGUCGAGCUUUUGGCGCAAGCAACCGUAAACCCAGCUUUCAAGGGCUUUACCGCUGAGAUUCAAACAGGCAACUAUGUGGAUGCAGCACUGAAGCAACAGGUAGAAAAGCUUUUGGCCAAGAACAACCCGCCACAAGCAUCCUCACAACCUCCACCGAAACGUAGGAAAACGGACUCUUCAUCAGUAGCGUCCGGAGUUUUGGGUGAUAUUCAUGGGCGACUCUGCCAGCUAUUCGAGACAGAUCCGGAAAUGGACCUCGGAGAUAUCUUGAACCACUUAGCGGACGCCUACCCUCAGCUUAGCGAAGCCGAUCAGUGCUGGCUUAUUGAACUUAUAUCACGUCUGUUCUGCGCGGCAGAUAAUACAUUGACAGUUCACAAGCACAGCACUCCCUCGACUCUCAAAUUCCGGUGUUUGUAUUGCUCUGGUACCAGCAAUAUGACGCCGGUCUCAGGUUAUGAUGCGGAUAUCAAGAACCUCGCACUAAGCUCUUUCAGUAAAUUAAUUCUGUUGCAAGAAUUUGUCGAAUCCAGGCGGCCUCGUAUCUUUGCGAUGAUAGCUCUUCGACGAAUAGCUAGGCACGUACCGAAUGGGGAGUUUUGGGACAAUGGAAAGUCGGCUCCUGGGAAGUGGUGCCUACAAUCUCUGAGCAGCUCGGUCAGAGAGCUUCGUAUUGCUGCUGGACGGGCGUUGCCCAUUUUUCUUGCCAAUUUCUCAGCCACCGAGGUGGAUAACAGCGUUAUCAAAAGAAACACGGCCCGUACUAUCGGACUUCUCAAAUCAAUAUCUGACCAAAACGUCAUCUCCUUGCAGGAAACUUGCAUUAUGGCAUGGGGCCAAGUUGGGCGAGUGGUGGCGGACACGGAGUUGAACCUCGUCCUCGUCAAACUGGUCGAGUAUCUCGGGCACCACAACAUGAUGGUAUCAACCGUUGCGUUCAACGAGAUUAUAAACCUUGCGGAAUCUCAUGAUGUCACGAUUGCCAGCCUCUUCCGGCCUUUCUGGCCAAGUUUGGCGUUUUCAGUCGUCAAGGACCUCGUGUCAAGGCCACAGACCACACAGCUGGUUGCUGAACUUCUUCAGAUAAGCGUUCAUAACCUUUUGAAGAUGUUGCAAAAGCAUGCGUUGCCGUGGUUGGUUCUCGGCAAAAAACGCGAGGUCAUUCAAAAGAUUGCUGAAGCAAGGGGCGAAAAGGACUGCUGGCAGCCUUGUGUUGAUGCUGAAAACCUACCGUCUAUACUUGCACUUCUCCUUGUACAAGACGUACCGAACGUGGAAUCGUACGCGAUGGAGCUGCUUCAACAUACAUCUGCGCAUCUUAACAAGUCUCCCCUGGUGGAUUUACUUCGAACGGGGCCCAUGAUGAUUGCUUUAGAGUUGUUCAAAUAUGCCGCCGCUGCGAACGACGAUCGAAAGCCUCAGGUACGAACAGCACUUGUCACAAUGGCGAACCUGAUCACCGGAACGCCAAAGGACAAAAAGAUGAGCAAGACAGAUGUUAUCGGGCGCUUUCUUCAACCCUAUGCCUUGGGCGUCGCUACGCGGCUAGUCGAGAACAUCAAUGAUUCUCACAAUGUACAUCCUCCUCCACAGGAGCGAAAAUUGUGCAUUCGCGCAAUGGAGGUAAUGAUUAGGGUGUGUUCUUCAUACGCCAGCAUUGCCCGUACCCAAAUAUCGGCUUGCUUGGUGACUGCGCUGGCCCACGAUGAACUCCGGUCAGCAGCCUUUUCAUGUUGGGCAUCCAUGCUCACGUGUAUGGAGGACACCGACCUGGAAGCACUACUCGAAGCGACGUUUUACCUUAUCAGGUUCUACUACAGUUCCUGCGAUGAAGAAACCAAACAAUUCCUCAAGUCUCUGUUGCAAGAUCUGCUUUCUAAGAACAGACAGAUCAUCAUGGAGUACUCCAUCAAGCUUCCCUCGCUCGGUGAAAUUGAUGAGCUGCGGGAUAUCAGUGAGGAAGUCGAAGGCCUUCGCCCGCGCUUGACGAUCAAGGAGACCUUUGCCGUAUUCUCACAGCGUUUGGGCCAUGAAAACCCCGGUGUUGUCGAGUACGCGUUGACUGAACUGGUGCCAUAUCUGGAGAAGCACCAGGAAUAUCUCCAAACCUCAGCCAUUAGCGAACGUCCGGAUGCUAUCCUCACAACCUUGACUCGUUCAAUCUUGGACUGCUCGGUCAAGUACAACGGAUGGCAACCAUCUAUUACGCGGUCAUGCGCUGAAGCUCUCGGGCUCAUAGGUUGCUUGGACUCCAAUCGUCUGGAAACUACGCGGGAGCAGCAACACAUUGUCGUCAUUCACAACUUUGAGGACGCAAGCGAGACCACUGACUUUGUGGCCUUUGUGCUGGAGAAUGUCCUGGUCAAAGCCUUCCAGUCGACAACCGACACCAAAUUCCAGGGAUACCUCUCUUAUGCCAUGCAGGUUCUCCUCGAGAGAACCGACUUUAAAGUUGCCUUCCAGAUGGCUGGUGAAGGAGAAAGCGAGCCGGUCUAUAGGAGAUGGCUCGCCUUUGCGGAAAGCACUCGCGAAACCCUUAUCCCGCUUUUAUCUUCCUCCUUCUUGCUUGCGCCCUUGCCUAAGCAGUCCACUGAAUACCCGAUCUUCAAACCGGGGAAGAAGUCAUAUUCCGCAUGGCUCAAAGCUAUCGUGUUUGAUCUGCUGCGCUGCACUCAGAACGCUUUUAGUGAGAUGAUCUUUGAGCCGCUGUGCCGGUUGAUCAAGGUCAAAGAUCUCACGGUUACUGAAUUUUUGCUGCCUUUUGUGGUCAUGCAUGUCAUCCUGGGCCAACCGGACUCUUCGGUGUUCAGUCCAAAGAUCAAGGCUGAGUUGUUGGCUAUUCUGAAAUACCACCCGCCAAGCACAGCCUCGUACGUCGAGAAGGAGCAGACAAAGCUCUAUUACCAGGCGGUGUUCCGCAUUAUCGACUACUUCAAGAGAUGGCUGCAAAUUAGGAAACUGAAGGCGACCACACCAAGGGCCCAGAAACAGGUCGCCUGGGUUGAGGAUGUUCUCGACUCUCUCGAUCCAAAGUUGCUUUCGCAGCGAGCUGUCGAUUGCGGUGAGUAUGCCAGAGCUCUUUACUUUCUGGAGCCGCACCUGGAGAAUCUCGAUAAGAAAAAGCCACAGGAAGUACGGAAAGUCGACGAAGACUAUCGGUUGCGUGACACUCUUCAGAACAUUUACACGCAAAUCGACGACCCAGAUGGUUUGGAAGGUGUCUCGGCUCAUCUGGGCACGGUCACUUUGGACCAGCAAGCCCUCAACCAUCGGAAAGCUGGCCGCUGGACAGCAGCCCAGACAUGGUAUGAGAUUCGACUGGCGGAAUCUCCCGAGGACACUGAUAUUCAGGUUGAUCUCCUCACCUGUCUCAAAGAAUCAGGCCAGCAUGACGUUUUGCUCAACUACGUGGAGGGCAUGAAGAGGUCUUCAGCGACGGUCAACAGGAUAGCGCCCUUUGCGGUGGAAGCCUCGUGGGCCACGGGGCGGUGGGAAACACUGGAGAAGUACCUUGGGCUUUACAAUGCAGGCGAUGUUUCGGAGGUUUUCGAUCUUGGGGUUGGGCAAGCUUUGCUUUCGCUGAAGAAGAGGGAUAUGGGGGGAUUCAAGGAGCAUAUCCAGAUUUUGCGGGACAAGGUGGCGGGGUCAAUGACUUACUCGGCGACGUCGUCGUUGAGGGCUUGCCAUGAGGCUAUGCUGAGAUGUCAUGUGCUAAGCGAUCUUGAGAUGAUUGCUAGCAAUAAGGCUUUGGAAGGUGACAAUCAGGCGGUUCUUGCGACGCUGGAUCGGAGGUUGCAGGUGCUUGGUGCUUAUGUUGGGGAUAAGCAGUAUUUGCUUGGUGUGAGGAGGGCGGCUAUGGAGUUGAUGAGACCGAAAUAUGGCAACGAGGAUAUAUCGGCACUCUGGCUCCUGAGCGGUAAGCUGGCGAGGAAGGCCGGCUCCAUGCAUCAGUCGUUCAACGCAGUGCUGCAUGCUCAACAACUCGGCGAUGCUUCUGCUAUCAUUGAGAACGCUCGUCUGCUGUACAAGGAUGGACAUCAUCGCAAAGCUAUUCAGAUACUGGAGAUGGCGAUCAAGGAGAACUCCUUCAUCGACAAAGCAGUUGGACCCGUUCCUCCGAGCUCGGCCAGAAGCCAAGAGUCCCAUCGCAAUAUGUUGACGGCGACAGCGCAGCUUCUUUUGGCCAAAUGGCUUGAUUCCACCGGCCAAACGCAUGCGGGCGCAUUGCGGGCACAGUAUCAGCAAGCAGCGAAGACGCAUUCACGCUGGGAGAAGGGUCAUUACUACCUUGGGCGUCAUUACAAGAAGCUUUUGGAGUCGGAGAAAGGCCUGGAUCCGGAGCAACAGAGUGAUGAGUACAUCACUGGAGAGACAGCCAAGCUCGUCAUUGAGAACUAUCUCCGUUCGCUCAACUUUGGGUCAAAGUACAUUUCUCAAACCUUUCCCCGAAUUCUGACGCUAUUCCUGGAACUCGGAUCUCAGGUCAACAAAACUCCAGACGGCAAGGUGACGUUUUCCAGAGAAUUGUACCAGCGACGACGUGACAUUCUCACUGAGCUCUGCGCAAAAUUCCACAAGCAACUGGAGACCAUGCCUGCAUAUAUUUGCUAUACAUCCUUGCCUCAAAUCACUGCCCGGAUAGGACACCCAAGCCCGGAUGUCUUCAAAGUACUGGAGGACAUGAUUGUCAGGGUGGUGAACGCCUAUCCUAGGCAGGCCCUCUGGAACGUCUUCCCUUUCAUGGCGAAUCCCAGCAGGCAACCAAACGACCGCCAAAGGAGGGCAAUCAAGAUAUUGAACACGAUCAAGACGUCCAGCCCGGACAUUAAGGCGUUUUUGAGAGCAGGGGAGAAGUUAGCCGAACAACUGCUCGUGGCUUGCAACAAUGGACACUUUCAGAGCAACAGGACAACGACGGCGAGCAUCACUAGGGAUUUGUUCUUUAACCACAAGUGCACGCCUUGCCCGCUGGUCGUUCCGGUUGAGACCAGUUUGACUGCCACGUUGCCGACUUUGACAGACAAUGUCAGGAGGCACAAGCCAUUUUCUCGGGAUGCUGUCACGAUUGAGGCGUUCCUUGACCAUGUCUUGGUUUUGGGGUCACUGGCAAAGCCACGGAAGUUGACAGCCCGUGGAUCAGAUGGCAAGCUUUAUGGUCUACUGAUCAAACCCAAGGACGAUCUGCGUACAGACCAGCGCCUAAUGGAGUUUAACUCGCUCAUCAAUCGCUCGCUUAAACGGGACGUGGAAUCCAGCCGAAGGCAGCUCUACAUCAGGACAUAUGCUGUCACGCCCCUCAACGAAGAAUGCGGCAUCAUCGAAUGGGUCGACGGGCUGAAGACAUUGCGCGAAAUUUUGCUGAGCAUCUAUAGGGGGAGGAACAUCUCGCCAAACUACACCCAGCUCGCGCAACUGAUGAAGCAGGCUUGCGCCGGGGACAACAACACGCACAUCUAUACCGAGACGAUCAUCGGGAUGUUCCCGCCCGUGUUGGGGGAGUGGUUCGUCUCGCAGUUUCCCAACCCUUCAUCUUGGUUCGCGGCGAGGCUGAAGUACACGCGGUCGUGUGCGGUCAUGUCGAUGGUGGGGACGAUUCUCGGGUUGGGUGACCGGCACGGAGAGAAUGUCUUGCUUGAGGAGGGGAACGGGGGCGUUUUCCACGUGGAUUUCAACUGUCUUUUUGACAAGGGGAGGACGUUUACCCAGCCCGAGUGUGUGCCGUUCAGGUUGACGCACAAUAUGCAGUAUGCCAUGGGGGUGUAUCGGUAUGAAGGGCCGUUUAGGCACUGCAGCGAGCUGACGUUGAGAAUACUCAGGCAACAAGAGGAGACGUUGAUGAGUAUUUUGGAGGCGUUUAUUUAUGAUCCGACGCUAGAUCUGCAGAGGGGGAGCAAGAGGACGAAGGAGGUGGUCAAGUUGAAUCCUACGAGUGUGGUGGCGAGCAUUAAGAGGAAGGUGGAGGGGUUGCUGCCGGAGGAGAGCAUACCGCUGGGGGUGGAGGGGCAGGUGGAUAUGCUGAUCAAGGAGGCGACCAACCCGAGGAAUUUGGCGGCGAUGUAUAUUGGGUGGUGUCCGUUUUUGUAAAUCCUUGGAUAAAAUAUGGGAUAUUGUAUGAGCGGGGUGGUGGUUAUGAAUAGCGAGUUUUUGGGAAGGUGAGCAUAGCGGUUAUUUAAGGGGGUGUUGGUUUUAGGAAGGUAUUUAGAUGGAUAGUGUUUGUAGAGAUUGGUGAUAUCUGAGUCAAUGGAUUCCUUCUAGUUGACAUAAUUUCUAUCAGUCUGUUGCGUUUCCUCGAAAUAGCAAAUGACAC